GAUAACUUUCCAGACAAAGGAUUACUGCUACCAAAAGUCAUGAAGGUGGAGGAGAAGGCUGGGGUAGGAAAGCUGGACCCCACCAACUACAGGAGUAGAUGUCGGGACCAAGGCUGCCCUUCCAUCCACCUUGGGCUUCCAGUCCCUAGUUACUCUCAAAGAAAAAGUGACCAGAAGGGACAUCUUUCAGGUCUGCACAAAGUCCACUGGAGCGUGCAGCCAGACAAGCAACAACACGAGCUGACCAGCCCCGGGAGUGAGGCCGGCAGCCAGGAGAGCAGCGUGGAUCUUAUCAGCAGGACUCGGUCUCCAGCUGCUGAGCAGCUCCAGGACAUCCUGGGGGAGGAAGAUGAGGCUCCCAACCCCACCCUCUUCACAGAGAUGGACACUCUCCAGCAUGACGGAGACCAGAUGGAGUGGAAGGAGUCAGCCAGGUGGAUAAAGUUUGAAGAAAAGGUAGAGGAAGGAGGUGAACGCUGGAGCAAGCCCCAUGUGUCCACGCUGUCCCUGCACAGCCUCUUCGAGCUUCGCACCUGCCUGCAGACGGGGACGGUACUGCUGGAUUUGGACAGCGGCUCCUUGCCCCAGAUCAUAGAUGAUGUCAUUGAGAAGCAGAUCGAGGACGGGCUCCUGCGGCCAGAGCUCCGGGAGAGGGUGAGCUACGUCCUCCUGCGGAAGCACCGUCACCAAACCAAGAAGCCCAUCCACCGCUCCCUAGUGGACAUUGGAAAGUCCGUCUCCUCCACCACAAAUCGCAGCCCCGCCCGGAGCCCUGCCACCGGCCCAAGUCUGCACCGCUCCACUGAGGACCUGAGGUUGCGGCAAAGUGCGAAUUACGGACGUCUGUGUCAUGCCCAGAGCAGAAGCAUGAAUGACAUUUCUCACACCCCAAACACAGACCAGCGGAAAAACAAGUUCAUGAAGAAGAUCCCCAAGGACUCGGAGGCCUCCAACGUGCUGGUGGGUGAGGUGGACUUCCUGGAUCAGCCAUUCAUCGCCUUCGUGCGUCUCAUCCAGUCUGCCAUGCUGGGAGGGGUGACCGAGGUGCCCGUCCCCACCAGAUUUCUGUUCAUACUGCUGGGACCAUCUGGGAGAGCAAAAUCCUACAAUGAAAUCGGCCGUGCCAUUGCGACCCUCAUGGUAGAUGACCUCUUCAGUGACGUGGCCUACAAAGCCCGCAGCCGGGAGGAUCUGAUCGCCGGGAUUGACGAGUUCCUGGACGAGGUCAUUGUCCUCCCCCCUGGAGAGUGGGACCCAAACAUCCGCAUUGAGCCCCCCAAGAAGGUGCCCUCUGCAGACAAGAGGAAAUCCGUGUUCUCCCUGAUGGAGCUAGGCCAGAUGAACGGCUCUGUGGGAGGAGGCGGCGGCAGCGCAGCUGGAGGAGGCAGCGGUGCCAGCGGUGCUGGUGGUGGAGGGGCAGCCGGAGCGAGUGGCGGGGAUGAUGGAGAGAUGCCAGCUGUGCAUGAAAUUGGGGAGGAGCUUGUCUGGACUGGAAGGUUCUUUGGUGGACUACGUCUGGACAUCAAGAGGAAGCUGCCUUGGUUCCCAAGUGACUUCUACGACGGCUUCCACAUCCAGUCUAUCUCUGCCAUCCUAUUCAUCUACCUCGGCUGUAUCACCAACGCCAUCACCUUCGGUGGCCUUCUAGGGGAUGCCACCGACAAUUACCAGGGAGUGAUGGAGAGCUUCCUGGGCACUGCCAUGGCGGGCUCUUUGUUCUGCCUCUUCUCGGGGCAGCCUCUCAUCAUCCUCAGCAGCACGGGGCCCAUCCUCAUCUUCGAGAAGCUCCUCUUCGAUUUCAGCAAAGGCAACGGCCUGGACUACAUGGAGUUCCGCCUCUGGAUUGGCCUGCACUCAGCCAUCCAGUGCCUUAUCCUGGUGGCCACAGAUGCCAGCUUCAUCAUCAAGUAUAUCACCCGCUUCACCGAGGAGGGCUUCUCCACCCUUAUCAGCUUCAUCUUUAUCUAUGAUGCCAUCAAGAAGAUGAUCGGUGCCUUCAAGUAUUACCCUAUCAACAUGGACUUCAAGCCUGACUCCAUCACCACCUACAAAUGCGAGUGCGUCGCCCCUGACACAGUGAAUACAACCGCGUUCAAUGCCUCAGCCCCGCUGGCACCAAACACCAACACUUCUCUGUACAACCCCCUUAACCUCACAGCGCUGGACUGGUCCCUGCUGAGCAAGAAGGAGUGUCUGAGCUAUGGUGGGCGCCUACUUGGGAAUUCCUGCCAGUUCAUCCCAGACCUGGCACUCAUGUCCUUCAUUCUGUUCUUUGGGACAUAUUCCAUGACACUAACCCUGAAGAAGUUCAAGUUCAGCCGCUAUUUCCCUACCAAGGUCCGGGCCCUGGUGGCUGACUUUUCCAUUGUUUUCUCCAUCCUGCUGUUCUGUGGAAUCGAUGCCUGUUUUGGCCUGGAAACUCCCAAGCUGCACGUGCCCAGUGUCAUCAAGCCCACACGGCCUGACCGAGGCUGGUUCGUGGCUCCCUUUGGGAAGAACCCGUGGUGGGUGUACCCGGCGAGCAUCCUGCCUGCCCUGCUGGUGACCAUCCUGAUCUUCAUGGACCAGCAGAUCACAGCAGUCAUCGUCAACCGGAAGGAGAACAAGCUGAAGAAGGCUGCUGGCUACCACCUGGACCUGUUCUGGGUGGGCGUCCUCAUGGCCCUGUGCUCCUUCACGGGGCUGCCCUGGUACGUGGCUGCCACCGUCAUCUCCAUCGCCCACAUCGACAGCCUCAAGAUGGAGACAGAGACCAGCGCCCCUGGGGAGCAGCCUCAGUUCCUGGGGGUCAGGGAACAGAGAGUGACCGGCAUCAUCGUAUUCAUCCUGACGGGCAUCUCCGUCUUCCUGGCUCCCAUCCUGAAGUACAUCCCCAUGCCGGUGCUCUACGGAGUCUUCCUCUACAUGGGCGUGGCCUCCCUGAAUGGCAUCCAGUUCUGGGAGCGCUGCAAGCUCUUCCUGAUGCCGGCCAAGCACCAGCCGGACCACGCCUUCCUGCGGCACGUGCCCCUGCGCCGGAUCCACCUCUUCACGCUGGUGCAGGUCCUCUGCCUGGCCGUGCUCUGGAUCCUCAAGUCCACGGUGGCCGCCAUCAUCUUCCCGGUCAUGAUCCUGGGCCUCAUCAUCGUCCGAAGGCUCCUGGACUUCAUCUUCUCCCAGCACGAUCUGGCCUGGAUUGACAACAUCCUGCCCGAGAAGGAGAAGAAGGAGACAGACAAGAAGAAGAAAAAGAAGGGGGCCCACGAGGACAGUGACGAGGAGCCCCAGUUCCCUCCUCCCUCAGUUAUAAAGAUUCCCAUGGAAAGUGUCCAGUCAGAUCCCCAAAACGGUAUCCACUGCAUUGCCAGAAAGAGAUCUUCCAGUUGGAGUUACUCACUCUGAUGCUUCCUUCACUGGCUCAGAACUCGAUCGCAGCAUCACCUUGCACUUCAAAAUUUCCUGUCCAGCUUCACCUGCUUUCAACUACUCCCGGAACCCUGUCUUCAUGGUGCCACAGGUGAAGAUAGAGAUGGAGUCAGACUAUGACUUCACAGACGUGGACAAAUAUGGCAGAGAGGCUGACGGUGAGACCACGCUCUAGGAUGACACAGCAGCUCCCAGACUGGGAAGAGUGAGGGCCUGGGUGAACCCCCAACUUCUCUGUGCCUGUCUCCCAUGUACCAGAGGGACUCGUACCUGCUAGAAAGCUGGAGGUCUGUCUGUGCGUUCUCCUUAGGUGCAACGUCCCCCUCUCCCCCAUUGUAGUUAUUAAAAUACCUAGAUACUAUAUCUUAUUUUAAAAUGAAGUCCAGUGUAGAAGCUACAUUCUUUUGAAAUGAAAAAAUGCUUGUCUCCCAACACUGUAGCUAAGACUAAAGGAGCAGUAGCCCAUUUGUAUUUGAAAUAUCAAUUUUCUAAAAAAGGUUAGAUUUAAAUCUAGAUGGUUUGAAAGAAUUCUUAGAACACUCUUAUGUAUUUGAAAGGUCCUGUCUUUUCUGUCCGUCUCACCGGGUUUUCUAAGUGUGAACCACCUGUAUUGUGGGCCUUGUUCCAGAAACAUGAUGGGUGAUGGAGGCUUUCCCAGGUUGAAAAAACAGUCCCAAAGUCUCUUAGUGGGAGAACCAACACAUCUAAGUGAA